UUCUUACAAACCCUGGCCAUGGCGGUGAACGGGACACCAGAGACCCUGCAAGUCCACAGACUCCCACUCUCCAAAUACAUCGAUGCCCUCGGCUGGCUUCCACCUCUUCCCGCCUUGGAUCGCUUCGUCGUCCUCGCCAUAUUCGACUCCGAUUCCAACUCCUCCGCCAUCGAAAUCCACUCUCUAACCCGAUCAAACCCCUCAAAUCUAACUCGCCAAUCCUCAUGGUCCUAACCCUCAAGAAUUUGCUCCGUCAAAGUCUCUCAAACCCUCCACAAACCCCUCAUCGCCGCAUCCACCUUCUCAGACGUCCUGCUCGCUGAUCCGGUCGAUGCGUCGAUCGAAUCGGAGGUUUCGGUGCCUGAGAAGACAUUGCACGUUGGACCCAUUUCGUGUAUUGAUGUGCAGUAAAAUGGGUCUGAGUGUGUUAGUGUUGGGGAAGAUGGGAGGGUGAAUUUGGUGAGUGUUGGUAAUUCGAAUUUGAGUCACCGCCGAUUUUUCGAUAGCAAUGUGUCGUAUACAGCGGCGAAGUGGGCGUCGCCGAUGGAGUUUGCCACCGGUGGAUUGGGGUUUAGUCUUCAGUGGUGGGAUCAGAGAAAGCCUGGAGGACCAGCUUCUCAGUUCAAGGGUAAUUGGAGGCUCUUCUAGUACUGUAUUUGCAUGGGAUCUUCGGUGGCAACAGCAGCCAAUAGUUCUCUAUGGGGUUGCAGCAGGUGAGUUUCAGUCCCACUCAUUAUCUGAGAGUGAAAUUUGGGAGGUCCAGUAUGACAGCUAUUCUUCAAACAUUGGUAACAUGUCAAAAUCACGGGUGUUACCUGUUAUGAUCUGCUCAGAAUAUGGAAUCCUUGCUGUUGUUGAACACGGUGAGGAACCCAUUGAACUCUUGACAUUGACCGACAGAACCCCUCGGUGAUGUGUUUUUUCUUCUCUCUUUCUCCUAUACUCAAUUUUAUCUCAGAGACGUACAACAUUUUGAUCUUGGUGAUAAAUUACUUUGCUAUGUUUUAUAUCUGUGGAAUUGCCAAAAAUGACUGAUGAUUUCAAUUGGUGCCAUAACAGGAUGUGAUUGUUAAAUUCAAUGUAUAAAAAGAAAUAGAGAAUUGUAUUAUUGAUUGUUGAUUGAUUAUGUUUACAAUGAUUCCUAUAUAUAGAAGAG